CGUUUUGAGAAGGCUUACUCAGAAGUUUCCUGCUGAAGGCAUGGAGGCGGACGACUGGGAUAAUGGGGAGAAGCUGCAGGUCGUUAAGGAAGAGGUGGAAGCAGAGAGCAGCGGCGGCGGUGGAGAAGAAGAAGAUGACGAAGAGGAGGCGCUGCCUCACGCCGAGGUGGUAGACGUAUUUCAAGAGGGACUCGCCAUGAUCGUUCAGGAUCCUCUGCUCUGUGACCUGCCUAUCCAAGUCACGUUGGAGGAGAUAAAUUCUCAGAUAGCCCUGGAAUAUGGCCAAGCAAUGACUGUCAGAGUGUGCAAAGUGGAUGGAGAAGUGAUGCCUGUUGUCGUGGUGCAAAAUGCUACAACCCUGGACUUGAAGAAGGCUAUUCAAAGAUACGUGCAGCUCAAACAGGAGAGAGAGGGGGGCAUACAGCAUAUCAGCUGGUCAUAUAUAUGGAGAACAUACCAUCUCACUUUUGCUGGGGAGAAGCUAACUGAAGAUGGGAAGAAGCUCCGAGAGUACGGCAUCCGAAACAGAGAUGAGGUCUCCUUUAUCAAGAAGCUGAGGAACAAAUGAGGGAUCAGCAGUCCAAAUCCAGGAGUGAGAUCUUUUCAUCCAGCCCUAAGCAUGACUGGAAAGGGAAGGGAUAACAACAAUGGGCUAGCUCUCAAGGAGCAGAAGACUUGAAACUUGGUGCUUUGGGUAUGACCCACCUACUGGGCCUAGCACCCUCUGAAUGUUUUCAUUAUAUUUGCCACCUUUAUCCCCUCUGUGUAUUUUUUUUUCUUUUCAAACCCUUAUCUUCUGUCUUAGU